UGCAAAACUUUUACAAUGUUUAUUAAUUUAAUGUUAUACUUUUAGCGUAAUUUAUUUUGACAGUUAUUCGUUAUAAUUAUUGUUACUGCUAAGUCAAAUUUAAACGUAUAAUUAAAAAUGUGAAAGGUCAAUUACUCGCGAGUCAAUGUAGGUUAACUUCAUCUAUUACACGUUCAAGUAUCAUAGAAGUUUUGCAAACCAUUAUUAUUCCUUGUUUCGUAGUUAGACAAAAUCAAUAAAAUGAGUGAGGAACGGGUUAAAAUGCGCAAACAAUUAGGGUUGCUAGAAGGUGUCGCUAUUAUAUUAGGUAUAAUUUUUGGUAGUGGUAUUUUCAUUUCGCCCAAGGAAGUUUUAGAAAAAACCGGGUCAGUGUGGGGAGCAUUAACCGUAUGGGGCAUCUGCGGAAUUUUGGCAACUUUGGGUGCCAUGUCAUAUGCUGAACUGGGCACAACUCUGGCGCAAAGUGGUGGCGAUUACCAUUAUAUAAAUGAAGCAUUUGGACCAUUGCCUGCUUUUCUUUACCUGUGGGAUGCAAACCUUAUUUUUGUGCCCAGUACAAAUGCAAUAAUGUCAUUAACAUUUGCAAACAAUAUAUUGGAGCCAAUUUUUCCAAACUGCACAAUUGAUCCUUGGAGCAAAAAACUUAUAGCUGCAGUAACUAUUUGUUUUCUAACAUUCAUUAAUGCAUAUGAUGUUAAGUUUACAACUCGUCUCCAGAACAUUUUCAUGUUUACAAAGAUCUCAGCUCUUAUUGUUAUUAUCAUCGGAGGAAUAGUAUGGAUGGCUCAAGGUAAAGUGGAACAUUUUCAAGAUGGCUGGGCUGGAACAAAAACAUCUGCCAGUGACUGGUCGGUAGCAUUUUACUCCGGGAUAUUUUCUUACUCUGGAUGGAACUACUUGAAUUUCAUGACUGAAGAGUUAAGAGAACCAUUUGUGAACCUACCCCGAGCUAUCUAUAUCUCGCUGCCUAUGGUUACUGGUAUCUAUCUUCUUGCCAAUUUAUCGUAUCUAGCGGUUUUGGGACCGAUCGGAGUUAGAGCUACAGAUGCUAUUGCUGUUGACUUUGCGGUCGCGUCGCUGGGAUGGCUGCGGUGGUGCAUGCCGGCGCUGGUGGCGCUGGCGGUGCUGGGCGGGCUGUCGGUGCACGUGAUGACGUCAUCGCGCAUGUGCUUCGCCGGCGCCCGCAACGGACACAUGCCCGAAUUGCUCGCACACAUCAAUGUGGCCUGCAUGUCACCUCUACCAUCACUCGUUUUUCUGAUGUUGAUAUCUCUGAUCAUGCUGAUCCCUGAUAGCUUGACAUCGUUGAUCACAUACUGUACGGUGGUAGAGUCCUUCUUCACAACGCUCAGUUGCAGCGCCGUGCUUUGGUUGCGUUACAAGAAGCCGCAUUUACCGAGACCGAUCAAGGUGAGUUUAUGGAUGCCGGGUGUGUUCGUGUUGACGAGCGCGGCGCUGCUCGUGGUGCCGGCGUGGAGCGAGCCGCGGGCGGUGGCGGCGGGCGCACUCAUCACUCUCACCGGCGUACCCGCAUACCUCAUUCUAGUGCGCCGCCCACCGCAAUUCCUACUAAAUAUUUCCACCAAAUUCACCCACACGUGUCAGAAAUUGUUCCUGUCGGCGGUCGAAGAUGAUAAGGGGGAAUGAUUUAUUUCGAGACAUUACGUGAACCUUCAAACACUGCCAGUCUAUUAUGUCACAAUUUCAGUAGUCCCUAUGUAUUUUUAAUGUAAGAACAUUUUUAAUUAUAUUUGCUUUUCCCGACAUGCUUUUCUAAAUAUUAAAAAUAUCAAAACCAAACUUCGUUUUUAAAGAAGAAAGUGUUGCAAUUAAACUUUUAUUAACAUUUACAUGCUAUGAUAAUGUUAAAUAUAAUAUAAAGCUUUUAAACUUCACUAAUCUAUAUGACUUGCAAUCUAGUUGUUUAAAUUAUGACCGACAGUGCGGCAGCCGAAGAUGCAAAACAAAAAAUCCAUCUAAUUAAAGUAACUUUAUUUAAAUUUAUUUACAUAUUUACAAAUUGUAAAACUAUGUCGCGACUACAUCUUGUCCGCGUCUCUCUAUCUCUCCUAUAUCUUCUCUAAAACCGUGGAAUGUCUCGGUGGCCAGUAUUCAACCUCUUUGGCUGUAUUCACACUCAUCAGCCAAAGAGGUUGUAUUAACCGACCACUAGUAUUGGUUCUUAUUUAUGGUAGAAUAUAGAAAAUAAAAUAAAAACUGGCUAAAUUGUUUUUUUUCUGAAUUAAUAUGGCUUUUUUUAUUGAUGUACUAACCAAGAUAGAUUUAAUAAGCUAUAAAUGUUAUUCUGUAAAUUUAAUUUUAAAUAUCCUCUUAGAUCUGAAAAUUGAAUCUUAAAUUAAUUCUCUCUAAUUAAUAAGUUACUCAAUUGUUAUUUCUUUUAACUAAAUAUGUAUGUUUUUCUUAGUCAUUUUGCUAUACUAUAUGCUGAAAUUUUAUAAAGGUGCUCAAAGAAUAGAUAUAUCAAACCUUGUCUAGUAUAAGUUCAUUAUCUUGUUUUUCUGUAUUUCCCGUGAAAUCUUUAUUACAUUUUGUAGCUGACAUUAGACAAGGUAUAUUGUUUUUAAGAUAUAUAUAUUUUUUUCUUAUAUUAUGCUUGUAAUGAAUUAGAUAAUCAUAUGAAUUUGGACAAAACAAAUGUACCUCAUUGUACGCUGCAUCACUGAAUGUAUGAAUAUUUUUGUUUAAUUGUUUUCACUAGGUUGUGAUAUGUUAAAUUAUUUUUAAUUUAGAACUCUUGUUAGUAUAAGAAUAUUAAUGAGGUACCACUUUAAAAAAAGAUAUACUUACAUUGUGUUCAAUGUAGUUUUCCAAUAGAAUCUGAGAAUAUGUUUUGAACAUGUUUAAUGUAUUGAAAAAGCCAGAGAUUUAGAAAAUGGACUGUUUAAGAUAUUUGUAUAGUAUUGCUCUCUUCGUUUUACAUAAAUUAUAGCUAUUUGAUCUUAUGUUAAUAUGUACACUUGCACUACGGCUUGUUUUUGUUAUUAUGGACUUUUCUAAUGGUAGACGCGAUAUUCUUUUUUUGAAAAAAUAUUUCUUAUUUUGCAUGUACAAUGUAGCCUAUUGUGCCAAACAACCUUUACUAACAUACAUGUUCCAUUUUUGUAUUUAAUAAAAGUUGCAACCAGUGA